AUGAAGGCUUCACCAUGUACACAAGUGAUUGUAAUGUUUUUGACAUUUGGAUUUUUGUGUGAGGUCCAUGCUCAAAAUUACCACUUCAGCAAUGGGUGGCAGCCAGGCAAACGGAGUUAUAAACCUUGUGCUCUACGACCGGAAAUACAGUCCAUUUUAUACAAAAUCAUUGAGGAUGAGGUGGAGAGAAUACAAAAAUGCACAAACUCAAACUUUGAUGAUGUUUUCUCAAUGAUGCAGGAUAAAAAUAGCGUGGAAGCCAGAGAAGUUUAAGCAGCAGACAAGACAAGCUUGGGGUGGACAACUACAUGUAAUAGGCAAUAUGUGUUCAAUAUCAAUGGACAAAAUAACAAAAUAAAUUGUGACAAUUUA